CCCAACAAUUAUAUAUAUAGGGUUAGCAAUAGUGACAUACUAUCACGUUGUUCAUUGGCGAACGUUAUAUAUAUUUACAUAUAUAAACACUCACCAUAUAAACAUUCUUAAACUUUCUACAGAAAAAAGAAAAGAGAUUAUAUAUUAGUUUCAUGCAGAGCGAGAUGAAAACCAGUUCAACUCAUCAUCAAAUCAACAAACACCGUUCAUUCAUAAUAAUACUCAAAUACUUUUUUAUCUCUCUCUUCCUCUCACUCCCUCUCUUUCUCUUCCUCCUUUCCCUUCAACCCAAUCACCGCACCACCACCACCACCAACUCAGUUUCCGGUGACCUCCUCAGAAUACGACCGGGAUACUCCUCCUACGAAAACUACAUCCAGCGCCAGCUCAACAAGACUCUCAACCCAAAGCUCCGCCAAAUAUGGACAACACGAGAUUGGGAAAGAAAAAUCAAAGUAUUCUCUCAAUUCUUCGACCAAUUGAAACGACAAAAUCUUCUCUCAAACGACUCCAAAGCUCUCUGUAUCGGAGCCCGAGUCGGCCAGGAGGUUGAAGCACUGAGGCGAAUCGGAGUAUCUGACUCGGUCGGGAUCGAUCUCGUGCCUUAUCCUCCUCUCGUAGUGAAAGGAGAUUUUCAUAACCAACCGUUUCGAAACGGGACUUUCGAUUUUGAAUUCUCUAACGUGUUUGAUCACGCGCUUUUCCCGGAAAAGUUCGUUGCGGAGAUCGAACGGACGUUGAGGCCAGGUGGCGUUUGCGCUUUACACGUGUCGAUAUCUAAACGGGCUGAUAAGUACUCAGCUAAUGAUUUGUAUAGUUCCGAACCUUUGGUGAAGUUGUUUAAGGGUUCUGAUUUGGUUCACUUGAAAAAAAUCGACGGUUUUGGAUUGGACACCGAGGUUGUUUUUCGUAAACGUGAGAACUGAUCCAACGGUCACGAUUAUUCCACUUGUUUUUUUCUCAUUUAUUUGAACUUUAACUCCAUUUUUUUUUAAUAUUAUAUAAAUUAUUUGAUGAUACGUGCAUAGAUGUAUGUAUGUUUGGUUUAUAUACAUAUAUUUUUUUUUUUUAUAUUAUAUAUGAUGAGAAUUAGAUACAAACAACCACCAAUAUGAUAUGAUUUAAUUACUUUUCAUAAUUGUAAUGAGAAAACAACAAAAGAGAAGAGAACAAUUGAGAGGCUUGGCCUGCUUAAUUGUUCUAUUAAGAAAAUAAUUAUGUGAAAUAAGAGAAGUAAAGUGGAAGUAAAGAGUGAAUUUGAUAAUGCUUUAAGAGACAAAAAGGAAUUUCUUGAUACCAUUGCAUUGAU